AUAAGAGGUCGGAGAGGGCGGUGAAAUAAACCUGGCGAAACCUCAAAUCGUUUCGUCUCCGCUGAAACCGAUGGAUCCAUCGCAGCAGCAACAGUGGGUGCAAUCCCACCACCACCAAGCUUGGGCCGCCGCAGCCCCCCCCACCACUUCUUCCCACGGAUACCACCAGCCGGCCACCCUCGAGGAGGUCCGUAGCCUAUGGAUCGGCGACCUCCAGUACUGGGUCGACGAGAGCUACCUCCACAACUGCUUCGCCCACACCGGGGAGGUAGUAUCAGUAAAAAUUAUUCGCAACAAGAUAACAGGGCUUCCUGAAGGGUAUGGGUUUAUAGAGUUUGUUUCACAUCCGGCUGCUGAAAGAAUUCUGCAGACAUAUAAUGGAGCUCAAAUGCCUGGCACAGAACAGACUUUUAGGCUGAAUUGGGCCUCCUUUGGAAUUGGAGAAAGGCGCCCUGAUGCUGGACCUGACCAUUCCAUCUUUGUGGGAGAUUUAGCAUCUGAUGUGACAGAUUACUUGUUACAAGAGACAUUUCGUGCCAACUAUCCAUCAGUUAGAGGUGCCAAGGUUGUCACUGAUCCUAAUACAGGACGUUCAAAGGGUUAUGGUUUUGUUAAAUUUGCUGAUGAGAUGGAAAGAAAUCGUGCAAUGACUGAAAUGAAUGGUGUCUAUUGCUCCUCACGGCCCAUGCGAAUAAGUGCAGCCACACCUAAGAAAACUACUGGUCUCCAGCAACAGUAUCCGGCUGCAAAAGCUUUAUAUCCAGCUACGACAUAUACAGUGGCACAGCUGCCACCUGUUCCACCAGACAAUGAUAUCACAAACACAACUAUAUUUGUUGGUUGUUUGGACCCUAACGUCACAGAAGAGGAACUGAAACAAAUAUGUUCUCAGUUUGGUGAUAUUAUAUAUGUGAAGAUUCCAGCUGGUAAAGGAUGUGGCUUUGUGCAGUUUGUAGCUAGGGCAUCUGCUGAGGAAGCAAUACAGAAGCUUCAUGGAUCCAUGAUUGGUCAGCAAAUCGUCAGGCUUUCAUGGGGUAGAAGUCCGGCAAGUAAGCAGGACCCGACCAUGGCAUGGAGUCAGCAAGCGGAUCCUAAUCAAUGGGCAGGUGCUUAUUAUGGUUAUGGUUAUGAUGCAUAUGCAUACGGAGCGUCUCAAGACCCGUCCUUGUAUGCAUAUGGAGCUUAUGCUGGAUAUGGUCAAUACCCUCAACAGGUCGAAUCUGUACCUGAAAUGACACAUAUGGUUGGUGCAGUUCCAAGCAUGGAGCAGAGGGAGGAGAACUACGAUCCCUUGGCCAUACCUGACGUUGACAAGUUGAACGCUCAAUACCUCGCCGUUCAUGGAAACGCCAUGCUGGGGAGGCAUUUGUGGUUGAAGACCUCCCUGUCUUAAGCAGAUAUUUUGUGUCUCUGUUGAACAGCGAGAGUUAAUUUAUGGAUCUGCUUAAAAGAGCAAAGCAUUCAUGGAGAAUGAGCACAAAGUGUGGCGCAUGAUGGUAAUCUCAUGCAGGUUCUUCUCAUCCGUACCAAAUUUCUUCUGGCUCAUAUACAUAGGAAGAAAUAUGUCCGAAUUGGUUGAAUGAAUUGUGCUGCUGAGUACCAUAAUGGCCUGGCCUGGCCUGUAUCUCGAAUCCUUUCUUUCCCUAUAGAAUGCUAUGCUGUGAUAUUGCAAACUUUGGUUCAACAUCUACAUGGUUUUUAAGUGGCAAUUUUCAGCCCGUUGGCCAAGUUUA